CUCAUAUCUUCAAGGUGACGGAUACCCUGCAGCGAGUCAGGGCGAGUCCUGCAGACUCUGUGAUGCAAUUAAAAAAUGCGUAAAAACUAUACUCUGACAAAGAGGCGACACGUGGGAGCAUAAUACUGUGCCAGCUUGUGGGGUUACUUACAGUCUCUCCGCAGCUCUGCUCAUGAGUAGCUCGAGUGCGCUCCUAAGUUUUUGGUGCCAACAAGUUUUUUACUCCGAGCUUCCACCCGCAGCCAAUCGUCAUGUUGGAUAAAUCUGGGACGCACAGUGUCGGUGUGCCCGUCUCCAGCGCGGACCUCCAGCUCAAACUGACGGACAACAAGAGCAGCCUGGCUGCAGCAGGGAUAGGGAUGGAGAAUGGUACUGGGAAGAAACUCAUAGAGAUAACUGGCCCGGCAUUAUCCAAGAGAAAACUUCUGGUGGGCUUAGACCUCCUCUGCCUCUUCCUGGCUUCCAUCCCUUUCUUUGCGUGUGAGCUGAAGGCAGUGAGUCCUUACAGAAGGGGCUUCAUGUGCGGGGACCCCAGCAUCACCUACCCUUAUCUGCAUCGGGAGGCCAUACCAGAUGAGUUACUCAUCGCCGGUGGCAUCAUCAUCACUGGCCUCACUAUCGCCCUCGGGGAGUGUUACCGGGUUCGUUUCAAAAGCGUCAGCUCCAAGGCCUUUGUGAGGAACCUGUAUGUGUCCUGUCUGUACAAGGAGCUGGGCUGCUUCCUGUUUGGCUGCUGCGUCGGCCAGUCGCUAACCAACAUGGCCAAGCUGAGUGUUGGGCGGCUGCGACCGCACUUCCUGUCUGUGUGCGGUGUCACCUAUGCAUCACUCAACUGCACACCUGGAACCUAUGUUGCAACAGUGAACUGCCGCCAGCCUGACCACCGGUUGGAGGAGGAGGCCAGGAAGUCCUUCUUCUCUGGCCACGCUUCCUUCGCGAUGUACACAAUGCUCUAUUUAGCAUUUUACCUGCAGGCGCGGCUGACAUGGCGUGGGGCUCGGCUGCUGAGGCCGGCAAUCCAGUUCUUCCUAGUUCUGCUGGCAGUCUACACAGGUCUGACCCGCAUCUCAGACUACAGGCACCACCCGUCCGACGUGCUAACAGGCUACAUACAGGGAGCCCUCACUGCUUACUGGGUGGCCUUCCACAUCUCGUCCAUGUUUAAAAGCUCAAGUUCAGAUCUGUCUCCGACCCUGGACAGCCCCUUGUCACCCCACCAUACAGUCUGCUAAACCUCACCUCCACCAACCCCGCGUGUGCUAGCGUCCACCUGCUGCCUGUAGUCUAGUUUGAAUAUACAAGAGAUUUGAAGAAUGUGAGACCAUUUCCUGUGAAGUCAAACCACAUACCUCAGUAUUGGGACAGAGUGCGAGAGAGAGGGAGUCUAGCCCGUGAGAUCCUGUAUGUGGUUAAAAACAUAUGAACUGGGAGAAGGGAAGAGGGAGGGUGCUGAAAACUAUACUGGCUGCUCAGCUGGAGCAGUGUGUAAGCAGCCUGAGCACUCCACCUUUUGUCCUUGUGACUGACCUUAGCUUCACAUGUGAUACUUACCUGUGAGAUGAUACGACUGAAUCCUGAACACACAGCAACCACUAUGUCACCUGUAAAUAUAUACAGAUUUUGUACAACUCGAAUGAUACUGUAAAAGCACUUUUUUUUAAAAUUUCAUGUUAGUAUUAUUAAUUACCACUUUGCAAAGAUUUGGUACGUAGUAUGUAAUAUAUUUUAUACAAACGUGUAAUAUAUGUUGUACUGUAGUUUUUUUUUUUUUUACAUAAACCCAGUGAAUGUAAUGGUGUUGAAGGAAAACACAAAUAGCGAGAAAGCAACUCAUUUCCCGAAUGUGUUGUACCAUAUAGAUGUGGUAGGAUGUGUCCGUGCUUCUGUGUGUAGUUUAUUAUUGUUUAAUGAGAGAAUGACUAUGAGAAUGUCGAUAGAUAUAAUCCAUGUUUUAAAAGUACGGACGCCACUAGCUGUCAGACUUUUUUUUAUAUAAUCCUAUGUAUGUUGCUAGACUACUUACCACUCCAAGAGCACUCAGAUCAUUAAAGAAAAUGUGAUUUUU